AUGGCAACACCACCAUUAUCACGGCACCACCUCAAACAAUGGCGGAGAUUUGUCAAUGAAUUUACUAAAGAGAAUGAUGGCAUUGAUAAUGACGAUGAUGGAGAAGAAUCUGAAGUCUUCGUGAACAGCGAUGAAGGUUUCACAGAAGAUAAGGAAUCCGAAUUACUUUAUAAAAAAGUCAAGUCUGAUCUAGAAGCCUAUGAGUUGUAUAACAAUUAUUCAUUCAAACACGGAUUUGGUACCCGAAAAGCGAAGCUAGAGCGUAGGGCAGAUGGAGUGACCAUUCGAAAACGUACAAUUACUUGCUGUUAUGAAGGUUUUAAGAGAGUGAAGAAGUUUGGCGAAGAACCUAAAGUUUACCAGAAAAGAGACUUUCGAACAGGAUGUAAAGCUUUCAUUCAGUUUGAUGUUGACAAGGAAUCUGGAUUGUUUAUUGUGGCUAAACAUCAUAUGGUACAUAAUCAUAGUAGAGUUCCGAUUUCAAAGAGGCAUAUGAUUAGGUCACAUAGGAAGGUUUCUGAGGAACAAGUUGGAAUGCUUAAUAGUCUAAUUGAAAAUGGUAUUAGCGUGGCAAAUGCAAUCUGUGUUUUAAAGAAUCAAGUAGGUGGGGAGGUCAAUCUUGGGUUUCUUUAUAGUGAUGCAUAUAAUGUUUUAGGUUCUAAGAAGAGAUCAAAGUUUGAUGGCUGUGAUACAAAGCAACUACUCAUUUAUUUCAAGCAUCGAAAGUCCAAUGAGUAUGACUUUUAUUAUGAUUUUGAUGUCGAUGAAGAGGGUCAUUUGCAGUCUUUCUUUUUUCGUGAUAAUCGGAUGAAAGUUGAUUAUGAUGCUUUUGGAGAUUUGUUGGUUCAUGAUACUACAUAUCGUACAAACAAAUAUGCUAUGAUAUGUGGUCCAUUUGUGGGCAUGAAUCAUCAUAAUAACAACGUUAUGUUUGGUGUUGGGUUUUUGAUUAAUGAAACGUGGGAGUCCUUUGUGUGGUUAUUCAAUACAUUUUUGAGAUCCAUGGGAGACAAACAUCCAGUUACAAUAAUGACUGAUCAAGCUAUGGCAAUGGCUAAAGCAAUUAGGAUAGUAUUUCCCAAUAGUCGUCAUCGGUUAUGUACUUGGCAUAUCAAUGAGAAUGCGAAGAAAAACAUCAAAGGACUCAGACAAAAAGAAGGGUUUACUGACCUUUUUGAUAUUGUGCUGAAGUAUACUGAUACAGUUGCAGAGUUUGAACAUUAUUGGUCAAGCAUGCUGGACAAGUUUCAAUGCCAAGACAACAAAUGGAUUAUGAAUCUGUAUAACAUUAGAGAGAUGUGGUGCCCUGCGUAUUCUAAGGACUACUUUAGUGGAGUUUGGGCCGAUAUUGGGUUAUUGGAGCAUGCAAGAAAGAUUUACACUAUUGCAUUGUACCUAAUGUUUGAAGAUAAUUUCAUUAGUGGUGUACCUUGCAUUGCUAAUGUUAUUGCAAUGCAGCCUCCUCUAUAUGAAUAUCAUGUUGGUCAUCCUAAGAAGGAUUUAAUAAAGCAUAUUGUUGCUUUUGAUGAGUCCAUGGUUACAGUUGAUUGCACUUGUAAGUAUUUUGGUGAAGUUGGGCUACUUUGUAAGCAUUCCCUUCGUGUUUUACAUUUGAACAAUAUCACCUACAUUCCAUCGAGAUAUAUUGUGAAGAGAUGGACAAAAGGUGCAAUGUGCGCUAGGAUUGAUGAUAAUGAUGUGGCUCAUGAAGGUAUUACUCCUCCGAAUGUUUGGAGGUUACAUAACAUUAGGACCUUCAUACGUAUUGUUGAUCGUGCGCAAUAUGAUACGAGGACUCGAAAUGUUAUUGAGGAGUCUAUUGAUGAGUGUACAAAUAGGAUUAAUUUGUUAUUGAAACAAGAUGAUGAAAAUGUUGUGCAAGAAUCUGUUGAGAAUCAAGAAGGUGAAGUUGUUGAGAAUCAAGAAGGUGGUAAUUUGUUGGAGCAAGUUCCAAUUGAAAAACCUGCUGAAAGUGAAGUUGUGAAUGAAAAUCAACAAGAAGUGAAAGACCCGAUAAAGAGAAGGAAGAAAGGAUAA